CACGGGCCAGCCGUCCUGUACGAACUCUUGGUAUUGACUACGACCACUAGUAUCAGCAGAAAUUUCCAUCCUUCGACGCCACCAAAGUAUCUCCUGGAUCCUGACACGGAUUGAGUCGAUUUGACAGAAGCCACGGCCCCUAAUCCUCCGUCUUACUAUGACUAGCCUUCACGCGCCCCGAAAAUACGCUUGGUUACUUACUGAAUCUGGAUUUAUAAGGGAGUUCAUUUAUAACCUGAAGAUGUCCCGGCCUGUCCACUAUGUCGGUGUCGACAGAGGGCUUGCGUGGCUGGCGGUAAUGAUCAAUCGCCUCUCUCCGUCCCUCACGCUCCCUCUCGUAUGCUCCCCCCGCCAUGAUUACUCGUCCAGUGCUCCCGUCAUGGCCGAAGCAGGCGCUCAACGCCGUGCUCUGCGUGCUUUGCUUCACCGCGAUUUUCCUAUACUUCCGCCGAUGGGUCUACCUGUUCCCCAUCACCUUUGAGAGCGUGUGGCAGAUAUCGCUGGCCGAGGUCAACCGCCGAAAGAACAUCAGACGUGUCCGCCUCCUCGAGCAAGCCCGCGAGUUGGCAGACGAGGAGAAUGGAAUGGGAGAAAAGAAUGCCCCGGUGCGGCACCUGGCGUCCGUGGUAGGGUACCGCGAGGAGCCAAAUUUGUUCCGGAAGUGCCUGCAGAGCUACCGGGGCUCGCCCGGAUUGGAGAUCAUGGUUGUUGGUAUCGAUGGGGAUCAUGACGGGGACAUGGAGAUGGUUGCCAUUGCGGAACAGGUGUUCCCUGAAACCCUGGUCAAGAUACAUAUCGAGGAACCAUACGGUCCACUGGCAGUGCGCCUAUCCCGAGACUAUGUCGAGCAGAGCCUGCUGGAUAAGAAGGUGGCCGAGACGGGAAGACGUGUGAGCUGGGACGAUCCUGAUAGCAUACCGAAAGAUCUCUUGGAGGAAUCCCGCAAAUACGCCCUCAGAAUGGUGUUCGAAAAAGCAACCAAAACCCUUCAGGAACAUGGGGUGCUCAGAGUUCCUGGCAAAGAUUCCCUCCGCGCAAUCUGCCUCUACCAGCCGCAUCGCUGCAAAAAGGAUAUUAUGUUCACCAACAUGAUAUUCUGCCUCGCACUGGGCCAUGAAAACGACAUUGAGUUCCUAUGGACCAGCGAUUCCGAUACCUGGGUGUAUCCCGAGACCCUAUGCCAGACAAUUGGGUGCAUGUCAACAGAUCCGUUGAUUGGUGGUAGCUGUUCCGCUCUGUCGAUUCAUAACGGCGAGGAGAGCGUGAUUGCAGCACUGGGAUCUGCAGCCUACUGGACCGAAUUGGCUAUCACUCGUGGUCAGACGGGAGCCGUCGACGCAGUGGAUUGCCAGCCGGGGCCGUGUGCGGCGUUUCGAUUGAGUGCAUUGGAACCGAUACUAUUGGGCUGGUAUACACAGACAUCUAUUGGCAUCAAGACGGUGGUGAAUGAGGAUCGUCACCUGACGACCAAUCUACUCCUGAAUGGAUGGAAAGUAACUUUCAACACUGAAACUCUUGCGUCAACCGACACACCAACGACCCUGCUGCGCUGGCUGCUGCAGCAAAUACGCUGGGCGCGCGCCACUCAUAUCGAAACGUUCCAGUAUCCCAAGGUGUACUCUAUCCACGGUCCGAUCCUCUUCGUGACGGCCAUGCGUCGCUUUUACGGUCCCCUGAUCAUCGGCAUUUUCACGAUCCGCUAUGUGCUGACGGGCUGUACCGUGCACGCGUACUCGCUGACCGAUCUGGUCGGACGCAUCAUCCUCUGCACGGGAUACAACAUGAUGUACAAUAAGAAGAAUGUUAACGGCAUCGGCUACCUCAUCUGUUCCCAGAUCUUCUACCAGCUGCCGCUGCCAGGCAUCAUGUUCUGGUCGGUCGUCACCGUGCUCGAGGGCGGCUGGGGCACGCGUAUGCGCAACCAGAGCGAGACGCAGAAGGGUCGCCGCGCGGGCCUGGAGCACCUGUGGUCGACUACCGCAGUUGUUAUUUGGAUGGGCUUCGUGGCAGCGGCAUUGACCAGGUGGGUCGCCUACCGUCUCGCGCCGGGGAUCAUGGUGGAGUUGAUGAUCUUGUCGUCGCUGGCAGUUGUGAUCAACCUCUUCUACGUCCUCCUGCGGUAACAAGUAGGAUGUCAUGGGAUCCGUUGUUAUUCGAUAUGCGCACAAAGAUCACCGAAGACUGAUAUGCGGGAUCUACGAUUGUGAUGCCGUUGCUAAUACAGCAGCUGCGGCGCUGGAGGGGUAAAAGAGGGGAGUGACGAGUGAAAGGAGCAUUCCACGCCUCCAGUGCCUGCAAGCUGAAGCUCAUGAGACGAGUAGCAUUAAUUGCGCCGGACUGUAUGAAUAUAAAAUAGGGGUACAGUAUAGAUUCGUCAGAGGGGCGUAAUCUAUGUAAAACUAGACAGACAUUACAAAUAGGAAGUUUUAUAAUGUAUCAAAAUUCUACC